GCUGUUUUGGGGGCGGGGCCCCGCAGACCAUGGCGGGCGAGCUUGAGGACUACAAGCCUUUGGGCGGACUGCUGAGUGGCCUGGCCCAGGUCGUCUUCCAUGGGCACCCCGGCAUCUCAGAGGAGCUGCUGCGGAGCCAGCUCUACCCGGAGGUGCCGUAUGAGGAGUUCCGCCCCUUCCUGGCAAAGAUGAGGGGAAUUCUUAAGUCUAUUGCAUCAGCAGACAUGGAUUUCAACCAGCUGGAGGCAUACUUGACUGCUCAAACCAAAAAGCAAGGUGGGAUCACAUCUGACCAGGCUGCUGUCAUUUCCAAAUUCUGGAAGAGCCACAAAACAAAAAUCCGAGAGAGCCUUAUUAACCAAAGCCGUUGGGACAGCGGGCUUCGAGGCCUGAGCUGGAGAGUUGAUGGCAAGUCACAGUCAAAGCACUCAGCUCAAAUACAUACUCCUGUUGCCAUAGUUGAGUUGGAAUUUGGGAAAAGUGGACAGCUAGGUUAGCAUCAUGCUUCCAAGAGUUGUCAAACAAGAUGUCUACACCUCCUGGCAUCAAAAAGCCUCCAGGGAGAAAACAGAACACCCUGAUUUCCAGAAUUUGCCGAACUUGCUCCCAAACCUGCUUCAUCUUUAUCCUUGAUGGAUAUUUUUGCUGAAAUUGUGUUGACGGUUUUUCUUUCAGGACUUUAAACAUAUUGUUUCAUUGUCUUCUGGCCUCCAUUCUUUCCAACGAGAAGUCAGUUGUCAUUUGUAUUCUUCACCUGUAUGUAAUGUGCCACUUUUCUUUGGUUGGUUUCAGGGUUUUCUCUUUAUCUUUGGCUUUCAGCAGUUGGAAUAUGAUGUGCCUAGGUGUGGAUUUCUCUUCAUUUAUUCUGCUGGGGGCCCACUGUAGGUCUUAAAUUUAUACAUUUUUGUCUUUUACUAAAUUUGAGAAACUUUCAACCAUUAUGUUUUCAAAUAUUUUUUCUGCCUCAUUUUUCCUGCUCUAUUUUUCAUAUGGGAGUCUAGCUACACCUAUGUUAAAUCUUUAAGUCUUUUAAUAUUGUCCCACAUGUUCCUCAGGUUCUGGUGGUAGUGCAGUUUGUAGUUUUCUAUUUUUUAUUUUUAUCUUUUUUUCCCUCUGAUCUUCAAUCUGGAUAGUUUAUUAUUCUAUCUUCAAAUUCAUUGACUCUUCUGUCAUCUCCAGACUAUUGUUUUGCCCUGUUUCAGUUUGCUAAUACUGCUGUUGUGCAAAAUACCAGAAAUGGAUUGGCUUUUAUAAAGGGUAUUUAUUAGGUUACAGGUUUACAGUUUACAGUUUGGAGGCCAUAAAAGUGUCCAAACUAAGUCAUCAACAAGAGGAUCUCUUCACUGAAGAACGGCCAGUGGUGUCUGGAACACCUCUGUCAGCUGGGAAGGCAUAUGGCUGGUGUCUCCUCGUCCUUUGCUCCCAGGUUGUGUUUCAAAAUGGCAUUCUCCAAAAUGUCUCUGGGUUUCUCUUAGCUUAGCUUUCCAAAUGCCAUUCUAUCUGAAUCUCCAAGCUUCUCUAAGUGUCAGCAAGCAUCUGGGUCUGUGUCAGCUCUUAGCUUCUCUCUUAAAUACCCCAGAGAACUAAUCAAGACCCAUCCUGAAUGGGUGGGGUCACACCUCAAUGGA